AUCCAAACACAAAUCAAUUCUGCUCAACUCACUUUUAACCAAAAUCAAUUCUUUCAAACUCAAUUAUACCAAAAUCAAUUAUUUCUACCUCAUAACCAAACACACACUUAAUGAGUGUGGUAAAUGCAUUCAACAGUUAAGUUGAUGACAUUGUGAACGACAAUCAACAUCGUCAUCAUCAAUCAUCAUCGUAUCUUAACUUUACCACACAACCACACAUCAAGACACAAUCUCUUAUUUUCACAAUCACCAAUUUCACAUGCAACAACAACAACAACAGUCAACAACAAUUGAUGCAUAUUUUACAAUUCGCUUAUUGAGUCUCCGAAUUUCUUCUCUCUCCGCCCAUGGCGACUGUGACAGCACCUCCGUCGUCACUCCCUUUCGUAAGGGCAGCAACGACGUCGUCGAGCAAGAAGAAGAAGAAGAAUCAUCAGAAGCAACGAGCACUGGGAAAUUUCGGUCAUUUUGGUCAAGUGGUUCGUAAAGACAUGGAUUUUCUCAAGAGAGGAUUUAACAAUGGUGUUGCUUGGGCUAACGACGCUUUCCGCAUUCCUCAAAUUGCUAAAAAAAUUGAUGAUUUUGUUUGGCUUCGCAAUCUCGAAGACCCUGUUGGUAAUUCGUUUUCUACCCCUACAUGGCCGGAGCCUUGGUACCCAGGACUGUCUGGAGUGGAUUUGCUUAUGUAUGAUCUCAAGGCCUUGGAAGCAUAUGCUAGUUACUUCUAUAAUUUGUCUAAGAUUUGGUCAAAGCCACUGCCUGAAACUUAUGAUCCACAGGAUGUUGCUCACUAUUUCAGUGCCAGGCCCCAUGUUGUGGCCCUUCGUAUGCUUGAGGUAUUUUCUUCCUUUGCCUCUGCCACAGUCAGUAUUCGGACUGCAGGGUUAAGAAAGUUUCUACCGAUAAAUGCAGAAGGGGAUGUGGACGAUAAAACAUCUGAAUAUAAUUUUGGGUUGGUGUUAAAGGAAACAAUGCUUAAUCUUGGCCCCACAUUUAUAAAAGUUGGUCAGUCGCUUUCCACAAGGCCAGAUAUCAUUGGUGUUGAGAUGUCCAAGGCAUUAUCAGAAUUGCAUGAUCAAAUCCCUCCUUUUCCCAGGAAUGUUGCUAUGAAAAUUCUUGAGGAAGAAUUAGGAUCUCCUCUGGAAUCAUUUUUCAGUUACAUUUCUGAGGAACCUAUAGCCGCCGCAUCAUUUGGUCAGGUUUACUUUGCCCGUACUAUUGAUGGUGUUAACGUUGCUGUUAAAGUUCAGCGUCCUAAUUUACGGCACGUAGUGGUGCGGGAUAUCUACAUUCUUCGCCUCGGGUUAGGGCUGCUGCAAAAGAUUGCCAAGAGAAAGAGUGACCCUCGCCUUUAUGCUGAUGAGCUUGGGAAAGGUUUUGUUGGUGAAUUGGACUACACAUUAGAGGCUGCAAAUGCAUUGAAGUUUCGGGAAGUUCACUCGUCAUUUCCUUUCAUGCGUGUGCCAAAAAUAUUUUUACAUUUAAGUCGAAAGAGGGUUCUGACCAUGGAGUGGAUGGUUGGUGAAAGUCCAACCGAUUUGCUCUCUGUAUCUACCGGAAACUCUACUGGGGAGGUUUCUGAAUAUUCAGAUAGGAAAAAUGUAGAUGCAAAGAGGCGUCUUCUUGAUCUGGUCAGUAAAGGUGUUGAAUCAACAUUGGUGCAACUUCUUGAAACGGGUUUAUUACAUGCAGAUCCACAUCCUGGUAACUUGCGUUACACUUCAUCAGGAGAAAUAGGGUUUCUGGAUUUUGGUUUGCUCUGUCAAAUGGAAAAAAGGCAUCAGUUUGCUAUGCUGGCUUCAAUAGUUCAUAUAGUAAACGGCGACUGGGCAUCCCUUGUCAACGCUCUUAUUGAUAUGGAUGUUGUGAGACCAGGGACAAAUAUUCGGCUUGUUACCCUGGAACUGGAACAGGCUUUGGGGGAAGUAGAAUUUAAGAAUGGAAUUCCUGAUGUGAAGUUCAGCAGGGUUCUGGGAAAGAUUUGGUCAGUAGCAUUCAAGUAUCAUUUCCGUAUGCCAGCAUAUUAUACACUUGUUUUACGAUCCCUAGCCUCCUUCGAAGGUUUGGCUAUAGCUGCAGAUAGAAACUUCAAAACUUUUGAAGCUGCCUACCCUUACGUUGUUCGGAAACUUCUAACAGAAAACUCAGCCGCAACAAGGAAAAUAUUGCAUUCGGUGCUUCUAAAUCGAAAGAAGGAGUUCCAAUGGCAAAGGCUUUCCAUGUUCUUGAGGGUAGGGGCAACUAGGAAAGCCUUGCAACUAGUAGCUUCAAAUAGCGAGGCUUCCGCGGAUCAUUCACCAAAGAAGGCUGCUGGUACAUUUGAUAUUGCAUACUUGAUCUUGAGGGUUUUACCAUCCAAAGACGGUGCCUCUUUAAGAAGGCUUCUCAUGACUGCUAAUGGAGCUUCGCUAAUCAGAGCAAUGGUCUCGAAGGAGGGAAAGGUCAUCCGCCAACAACUUUGCAAGGUCAUAGCUGAUGCACUGUGCCAAUGGAUGAUUAAAUUAUUUGGACAAGGAACUACAGAUACUCAGUAUCCAAGGGUGAUGUUGGCCGAUGGACCUAGCAACAAAGAAUCUGGUCGAUCAUCCUCAGCUGCAUAUGAUUAUAAUUCCAUCUUUAGAGAUCGGCGACUUCGGGUGAUAUUUUCUAAGGUUGUGAAAUCUGCAAGCAGUGAUAAAGUACUGAUGAUGCGGUUCUGUUGGUCUUCCCUUGUUAUAAUGAUUACAGCUUCAGCUUUGGCUUGCCACCGCGUUGUUCUGUCUCUAUCUGAGGCUUACUUGGGCCCGAUAUUCGAUGCACCAAAGCGCACGAGAUAUGCAGUCAGUGCUUGAUAUAUUCUUAGAACAUUGAAUUUUCCCUUUGUAAAAGAGAACAUUAUUAUCAGACAAUUUUCAAAGAAAAGAUAAAUGUUUUAGCUUUGGAGGCAACUUAGUGUGACGAAGGUGAAAUAUGGUUAUAGGAUAACAAUGUUUUUGUUACAAUUACAUUAUAUAUAUGGGGGGGUACUCUAUUCUGUAGGAUGAUAUUGUUGCAGUCCAGAUUCGGGUACAACCCUACUAGUCUGUACAGUUUCAUGUAAAGUGCUACAUAUUUUUUAUAUCUAUUUUUUUUAGAAUAAA